ACCGUGUCCAAAGAGAGCCCACCUUUCCUCUGAGCUCUUUGACGUCUUGUUUACAGUAGCGGUGCCAGGCCUGUAAAGUGCCGAGGCCCAGAACGUGCUGCGGGUUUAUUGCUUUCAUUAUAUUAUUUCGUUUCAAGGGUCAGUGUAUGAAACCUCCAAUCUGGAGCGAGGCGGCAACAACAGGAAGAAGAAGAUAGAGGAAUUCUCUCGGUCUUCUCGGGAGAAACUGGUCCAGUCGAAGAACAAGAUGUUCUCCAAAUUUACGUCCAUUCUCCAGCACGCCGUGGAAGCGCUUGCUCCAUCGCUACCCUUGCAAGAAGACUUUGUCUAUCACUGGAAGGGGAUUACACAUUAUUACAUUGAAACUUCUGAUGACAAAGCCCCCGUCACAGACACCAACAUCCCAUCCCACCUGGAGCAGAUGCUGGACAUUCUGACCCAGGAGGAGGCAGAAAGGGAGUCUGGUGAGACGGGACCGUGCAUGGAGUACCUCCUGCACCACAAGAUCCUGGAGACCCUUUACACGUUAGGCAAAGCAGAUUGUCCUCCUGGGAUGAAACAGCAAGUCCUCACCUUUUACACAAAGCUGCUCGCUCACAUUCGUCAGCCGCUUCUGCCACACAUCAACGUCCACCGACCUGUACAGAAACUGAUCCGGCUGUGUGGUGAGGUUCUAGCUGCGCCUACAGAAAACGAGGAGAUCCAGUUUCUUUGCAUCGUCUGUGCCAAACUAAAGCAGGACCCAUACCUUGUCAACUUCUUCCUUGAGAACAAAUCAAAGAGAACAGAGGUAAAGAGUCCUGCUGCAGCAGAGGGGGGGAAGGAAAGUGUUCUGGCUCCAGAUACGGGCCAGUCUCAAGCAGAUCAUCCUGGAGAACCUCAAGCCGCAGCUGCUGCUGCCACCUCAAGCCCAGCUGCUAACAAUAACAAUACCAACAACUACAAUCUGGUCACCUCGCUGCUUAACCUCACAAAGAGUCCAGAUGGCAGGAUAGUGGUGAAAGCAUGCGAGGGCUUGAUGCUCCUCGUUAGUUUGCCUGAGCCAGCUGCUGCAAAGUGUUUAACAGAAAACACGGAGCUGUGUGAGCUUCUCACCGACAGGCUGGUCUUGUUUUAUAAAGCUCUGCCGCCAUCCAUGGACCCUCUGGACAUCGAGACAGUGGAGUCGGUCAACUGGGGUCUAGAUGUAUACAACCUGAAAGAGGACGCUGCUGUAUUCACAGGGAAGAGAGCUCUGAUAUCAUUCCUGUCGUGGCUCGAUUAUUGCGAUCAGCUCAUCAAGGAGGCGCAGAAGUCGGCCGCUGCAGUGAUGGCGAAGGCUGUGAGAGAAAGAUUCUUUGUGUCUGUGAUGGAACCGCAACUCAUGCAGACGUCUGAGGUGGGAAUCCUGACCUCCACGGCGCUACUGAACCGCAUCAUAAGGCAGGUGACGUCCGAAGCGCUGCUGCAGCAGAUUGUUUACUUUCUGCUGGGCGAGGACAAGGAGGCAGAAACUCUGGCGACCAUCGCUCAGAAUCCACUCAGACACAGACUCAUCGAGCACUGUGACCAUCUGUCAGAUGAGAUCAGCAUCAUGACGCUGCGGUUGUUCGAGCAGCUGAUCCAGAAGCCCGACCAGCACAUCCUGCACAGCUUAGUGCUGCGCAGCCUGGAGGAGAGGAACUACCUGGAGAACAAACCGCAGGAGGACCGGGAACCCCUGGAGAACGGGCAGCCCCACGACGCUGUGGACCUGGAGGAGGAUCCGCUGUUUGGAGACGACCUUUCCCCGGACAGCAGGCUGUCUGGCUCUGAUUGGCUCGGUUCCUCUCCCCAACACAGCCCCGAUCACUCAAAGUCUGACGGGAAAACUGAGGUCCACAAGAUCGUCAAUAGUUUCCUGUGUUUGGUGCCUGAUGAGGCCAAGUCGUCGUAUCAUGUCGAAGGCACCGGCUACGACACCUACCUCAGAGACGCUCACAGACAGUUCAGGGACUUCUGUGGCGUCUGCCAGCGCUGGGACUGGAGAGGAAGUCCAAAGCCUCUGGAGAAAUGUAAUUUGGACAUGCCGUUCUUUGAAGGUCACUUCCUAAAGGUUCUGUUUGACAGAAUGGGCCGCAUCCUUGAUCAACCUUACGACGUCAACCUGCAGGUGACUGCCGUGCUCUCCAAGCUGUCCUUGCUGCCCCACCCUCACCUUCAUGAAUACUUGCUGGAUCCUUACAUCAGCCUGGCCCCCGGCUGCAGGUCGCUGUUCUCUGUCAUCGUCAGGGUGGUUGGAGAUUUAAUGCUGAGGAUUCACCGCAUCCCAGACUUCACCCCCAAACUGCUGCUUGUGAGGAAGAGACUACUGGGCUUGGAGCCUGAGGGAAUCACCGUGGACCACAGUACGCUGCUGGAAGGUGUCAUUGUGCUUGAGGAGUUCUGCAAAGAGCUGGCAGCCAUCGCCUUCGUCAAAUAUCAUGCAGUGGCUUCGUCCUCGCCGUAACCAUCCUGCUGCUCCACCAUCUGUCUCUUCCAAGCAGACGAGUCGGGAUGAGCCGGGGCCUUCCGUGGGCGCCGGCGACACAGGGUCGGCGGAAAAUCACCACUAACUGGUUUCACCUGCAAGACUGUUAGGAGCCCAAGUGGACGGGCUCCAUCAUCCCCCUUCCUCUGACCUCUGAGCAGGUCGGAGCGUAGACACUGCCCAGCCAGAGGACGAGACGGAGGACAGGGAUGUUGAUGGAGGUGCACAAACAUGUUCACUGGACUCUUGUUUUUGUUGUUUUAUUUUUGGGUUUUUUUUCCCAACCUGUGCAGUUUUUCACUGCCCUUCUCUCCUCCAUCUUGUCUUCUACCUUUGGAAUGAGUGUGGAGUUUUAAUAUUGAGGAGUAAAUGUGUGUAUUUUUGUUUCAUCGCCUUAGUGUGGAGUCACACCUUUCAGUUACAACAAAGUGUUUCUCUGUGGAACAUUUUGUCUUUAAUCCCCGUUGUGUUGUCUGUUUGGAGUGAGAGAGAAAGAAAGAGAGAAAGAGAGCGAGAGAAAGAGAGAGAGAGGUUCCUGCACGAUCUGGAAAAGUUUCUAGGAUCAGAAAACUACCGAAAAACAAACAGAGUAUGGAAAUAGUUUAUUCUUCAUCCAGUUGUCUAAAUUGUACUUUUGUAUAAUUUUCCUUCCCUUCUUCUUUUAUUUCCUUUCUUCUGUCCAUCUUGUCAUUUCUUCCUCUCAUCUUUGAAAAUUAAGAUUGGAAAACUCUGGAUUUUGAGUUUAAGGUUUUCCAGGUUAAGAAAACAAAGUAAGAACACGGAAACAAAAUUCUUUCCUUCCUGUGUCUUUUUUCUUUCCAUUCUGUACCUUGAAGCCUUCCUGUCUUUCUUGUCCUUUCUUCUUUCCCUCAUCCUAUGUAUUUUUUUUAAUUUCUUGUCAUUUCUGUGCUCCUUCUCUUUUGUCAUUCCUUCCUUUCUUCUUUUGUCCCUGAAAAGCUUUGCCUGGAAUAGUCUGGAUUUUGAGUUCUGUGUUUUCCAGAAUCAUAAAAUCAUGUAAAAACAAAAGUGAAUAAUAAGGAGACAUAUUCAUUUUCUAUCCAAUUGUGUAAAUUUCUUCCUUUAUUUCUGAGAAACACCAUGGUGCCCUCCUCUGUCUUUCCCCUCUUCUCGCCUUUCUAUGUUUUCUUAAUUUUCUUUCUUAAAGAAGGAAUCUGGAAAAGUCUUAAAUUUUUCUGAUUAUUGUGCAGGAACCAAGAGAAAAGCUGUAGAGGGGAAACCGUGAACCCGUACACAUAUCUGUAGUUACAUCCAUAGUGACGUACUGCACUCAUUUUAAAUGCCAAGUCAUCUUAUUUAUUUCUUGAUUUGCUUUCAUGUUGCCUUUUUUAUCUAAUGUUUUGUUGAAAUCAAGAGUCUGUUUAAUGACCGACUGCAGAAACUUUCAUUUGUUUUGGUGUCUUUCCUGGGUUUGGCUUUAAGUGCAUCACCACCCAAAGAUGUGACCCUCAUCACAUUGUGUUGAGCAAGAACUGGGAAUUUGCAGGAGAUGAGGAUUUGCAAAUGGACCUCACGUUGCUGCACUGGUUACAUCACUGAAGAUUAGGAUGAGUGUUCAUUGUUUGACUCAUCAGUGUUCAUAUCUAGUCAUCUCUUCAGAGAGGAGGCCUGGGCCGCCGCUUUGAGAUUCUCAUUAUGUGGUGAUAUCGUGUGAAGAUUUCUCUCAUUUACUCGACAAAAACACCAAUAUUAUAACAGUUAAAAAAAAUCAUGUUGACUUUGAUACACAGAUGAUAUGAAUAUACAACUCUGAAACUUAGAUGUUGGUUUCUAGGUCUCAUUCAGGAAAUGUUAGAAAGUGGAAAAAAAGAUUUUAAUGAACUGGUGCCAGCAGAUUACCUCUUCAGAAGUUCGCACCCAUUUUGUACACAAUUGCUAUGACAUCAGCUGUUUGUCCAUACAAGUUUUGAGUUCAGCUUUUCUAACAUGACCAUUUUGGAAACCUUCAGUGCCUGCAUGCACAUCUAGUUGGACAGAUGCUGAUUAGGAAAAGAAGCAGAUGGCUGUCCAUCCUCGUCUUUGUUUCCUCCUUAUCUACAGACUUCGGUUUUUAACACUUUGGAUGUACAUUUUAGUGGAUUCUUCUUUAUGCAACAACAACAAAAAAAUGAAUUCAGAAAAAAAUCUGACGUUUUGAAAUGCAGAAAAGGUUCAAAUCUAAAAUUGGGAUCAUAACAAACAUUAGUCUUGAAGCAUUGACUUAAUAUGAGUAACAAAUAUUUAGUUUACAUAAGACCAUCCAUAUUUUAUUACUACCAGAAAUAUUUUGAAACAGCCAAAUUUUUCACUUGAAGUUGCAAAGUGUAGCAGCCUUUAUUCAGCCAGCUGACCGGCUGUGUGCAGUAGUUAAAGAGGAAGCUUCUUUUAGGUUUCACAACAUAAAACAGACGUUGAACUUUCUCACUUUUAGGGAUGAACACUUGAGUCUGAGUGGAAACUAUGUCUCAUUUUUGUUGUUUUAAUUGUGUUGGACAGAAGAAAAAAAAAGACUUUUAAGGAGUUUUGUCCUAAACCCUCACAGUACAGCAUACGGAGGUGUUGCAGUGUUACUCGUUCAUCCUAGAGAUGAUGCACCGGUAGUGUUGGAACGGGUUGUGUGUUGCUUUUAUGUCUGGAGGGUGUCUUUAAUUUAUAAUCCCGCUCAUAGAAAAGUUUCUAAAUGUGCUUUUUGUUUUAAUUUAAUCCCAGAAGGGAUCGAUUGUUUGUUUUUUGUUUUUUUUGCUAAGAAGAAUGGACAGUGUUAUUGAUUGAAGCCAUGAGUAUCUGCUCCUUUUUUGUUUCCUUCUCCAAAUUCAUCACUCUUGCACCUAAGCUACAUUAUGCAAACUGCUUGCAUGGAUUCAGAUUUGCACAUUGUUGUAAUUCUUGUUUUGUAUGUUUUACUUUUCUUCUUCAUCAACCAAAACACCAAAAAAAAAAAAAAGAGAGAAGUUUUGGAUGUUCCAAGAGUAACAUUUCAAUAGUUUUUUUUGUUUUGUUGUUAUUUUAACUGUCAUGCACAUUUUUUAAAUCGACUGUUUUGCAAUUUCUGGUGUACAGUUGUAAAUUUUAUGUGUACUAUAGCGUUAAAGUUAUACUAGCUGGUGAAAAUGCAUGCUUGAAGCAAUUAUUUUUCAUUGUGUAGAAAGAGAAAAGGGACAGUGGAGCCGAGUUUGUUCUCAGCUGUCAGCACUUUGGUCUGAGAAGACACUGACAGGAAGAGAAGAUGCCUUACUAAACACUGUGGAUCCUUCGACUAUCCUACAAGUGCGUCUCAAUAAAUUAGAUUAUCAUUCAAGAGCAAAAGUUAAUUGGAAGGAAAAAGUGUAGCGGGGUAAGUGAUGUGACUCCACCUUAAGAGUUGCCUUUAUAAAUCUUUUCAAGAUUUCAUUUACCUUGGUUGGUUGUGAAUCUUUCACCACACUUUGUCCCUCCACUAAACUUUCCAUCAAUAAGUUUUGAUACAGCACUUUAAAACAGCCAUCUUGCAUUGCAUUGUGGAGGUAAUUAGUGACCCCCCGGUUGUCGCGGCGACAACAAAGCUUGGUUUUAAUUAUUAAAAACCUUUUUUACUGAA